AUCAAAACACGAUCAGUGCAGAAGUUGUUUCCGUUGUGUAGUCGACGUUUCUAGAUAUACUCACUGUUUCAAUACAGUUUAGCCGCAGCAACACCAUGGACGCCGAAGGAUUUCACCUAAACAUCAGCUUAGUUGGGAAUUCAGGCAUAGUUCUGAGCCCUGAACGAAGAGCAGCGCUGGAAACGUCUCUCGUCAUCCUCCAAAAUCAACAAAAGUUCAACAGAGUGUUUUUUUGGGGUAAAAUUCUAGGAAUCAAAGAUGACUAUUUCAUUGCACAGGGAGUUGGAGAUGAUGAAAUGAUGGACAGAAAGACACUCUACAGUACUGACUGUGUUACAUGGAGUCUAGUACCCCAAGCUACGACUGCCAUGAAAGAACAGUGCUCAGUGGUGAAAGGUCGAUUCACAGGAGAUCCGUCUUAUGAAUACGAACAUACAGAAAUUAAGAGAAUUGGAGAGGGUGAAGAUGCACAGGAAGAAGAAAACACAAUAACCAUUAAAGAAGAAGAUCGUCUUGCUUCAGUUAUUUCCCAGGUGGAUGAAGAUGUUGCAAUUGUUCCCAGAGGAGCUUACAUCAAAGCACCUUCUGGCACUGUUAUUAGGAAUCGAAGUUUUCAAGGUCUUGAAAUUCAUGAUGCUGUGAAACUUUCAUCCUAUUUCCAUUUCCGUGAGCCAGUGAGACUCAACCAAAAAUCACUCUUAGACAAAGCUGAUCUUGACAAAGCCAUUGAUUUCCUGGAUGCAAUUGAUGAAGAUGUCCCAAAACGUUCAUGGAGUUUACAGCUUGAACGUGGCAGUGGUUUGAUCAUCCUUCGUAGUCUACUGUGGGAGGGUCUUACUUUCUACCAUGUGCCUGGUACAACAAAAUAUGGAUACAUGUACAAUGGAAGUGGUGAAAUGAACAAAGAUUUGCCGUUCAUGCUCUAAAAAAAAUACUUUUGACUUUUUAAAAAUCAGAAACAGAAAUCAAUAUAUGUGGUGUAAUAUGUAUUUUUUUCCAAAUUCAUAAUGAUUGGGUAUAAAAAAAAUCCAACAUUAUGUUUAUUUAUAUUUGGCCAGACUUCAGGAUCUGUAAAGAUGACUGUUAACAAUGUCAGUGGUCUCAAAGACUCUUGUGAACUCUCUCUUUUUUUUUUUUUUAAAUUUCAAA